AUGUUGUCAAAAGCUUUCGAGUACAUAAUCAAAAACCAAGGAAUUACCACAGAAGAGAACUAUCCUUACCAAGCAUCACAACAAACAUGUGCUUCAACCACCGAAUCAACGAAUUCUGUUGCUGCUACGAUCAACGGAUAUGAUAGGGUUCCUCAAGAUGACGAGGAAGCAUUGCUAAAAGCGGUGUCUCAACAGCCUGUUUCCGUGGCGAUAGAAGGGUUAGGGGAUGCCUUCAAACACUACUCAGGCGGGAUAUUCGACGGAGAGUGUGGGACGAAUCUGAGUCAUGCGGUCGCAAUUGUUGGUUACGGGACGAGCAAAGAAGGGACUAAGGAACUCAUGGGGAGAAUCUUGGGGAGAAAAUGGUUGCAUGAGAAUUAA